AUGCUUACAACAAAUUAUUCAAAUAUUAAUAUUUAUAAACAAUGGCGUUCCGAUUUAAUUGAUCUUAUCCGACCAAUUAAUACUUAUUUUGAUUGGAAUAGUCAAUCAAUGAGUGAAAAAUGGAUCGAUACGGUUUAUCGAAAUGUAAUUUUAUCGACUGCUUAUCAAUAUAGUUCGAAGAGUUGUACUGAUUAUGCUCAACAACUCUUUCAAGAAUGUUUCAAUCAUCCAUCGAAUAAUACAAUUGAAAUAAAUUAUCGAGAAAUUGUCUAUUGUACAAAUAUGCGUUUAGGUAGUCGAACUCUAUUUCAAUGUCUAUUUCAUCAAUAUCAAAUAACAAAUGAUACAGAAGAAAUUUCACGGUUACAAUCGGCUCUUACAUGUACACAUGACAUUCAAUUAAUUCGAUAUUUACUUGAAAUUCAUUUUAAUUCUAACUUAAAUAUUAUUCAACAAAACGAUAUUCUUUCUGGAAUAAGACUAAUUUGUCGAAAUUUAAUAGGUAUUAAUGAUUGUUGGUCAUAUGUACAUUCAAAAUGGAAAUAUUUAUUGAAAAAUUUUGGACAUUAUAAUUUUACUUCAUUUAUUCAAGAAUUAACAGAAAAAUUCAAUACCAAACAACAAUUGAAUGAAUUUGAAUUAUUCAUCGAACAAACAAGGAAUCAGGUGAGAUUAACACGUUGA